GUGAUCUUGGCCAAAGCGCAUAAGGUCCACGCAAAAAUCCUCUAGAGAUUGGAUUUACGCACUGAGAACUCGCAACUAAGAAAACGGUUUAUUGAAAUACUACCAAAAAUUUUGAAAGGAUAUUGGUCCUUGUCGGAACUUUUCUGGAUUUUUUCUUUUCUUCCUGGGAUUUGAACGUUUUCCAAGUGGUUUGAGCCCCCUCCUUCGCCGGGUGCUGUGAGAACCUAUUCCAUGAUGCGAUCACUUUUCCCGGGUACACUGUGCUGCCUCAGCCUGCUCUUCUUGCAGCAGCAACUGCUGGCUUUACCCGCUGGAACCCGCCUGGACAGCCACAGGUUGAAUUUCCUGAAGAGGGUCGUGGAGGGAGACGAGGGGGAGAGCGUCAUCCCCGGAACCUUCCAGAACCCCAGCGCGUCCCUCAGCCCGGUCCAGGAGGCCAGUCACGAUUGGUGGAAACGCCUGAUCCGAGCUCCUCCCCCUUUGAGACGGGCCCCUGAGGCCCUGGCCCAGAACGACACACCCCCACAGGUGGACACAGCGGUCCAACGGAGGGCACCGAGGGGGCGGCGCCACGCCAGGGGGCGGGGCCACCACCACCACGCCCAGCUGAUGCGUGUGGGCUGCGUCCUCGGCACCUGCCAAGUGCAGAACCUCAGCCACCGCCUCUACCAGCUGAUUGGCCAGAGCGGGCGGGAGGAAACCUCCCCCAUGAACCCGCAGAGCCCUCAUAGCUACGGAUGAGCCAGGAACGGGAGACGCGUCUAACCAAACCGGACGCAGCGCAUCAAAUUUAGAUAUUUAUCCCUUUUUUAUUGCAAAUAGCUUUCGCAUAGAGAUGGAUGUAAUCCACUACUUUCCUGCUGUUUCUAAAAAAAAAGACUUCUAUAAUAUUUAUAAUGAUUGCUGUGUCUUCUUUCUCUGUUAGCAACCAGGAAACAUCAGCAAUGGGGGUAAUUUGUCUCCAGGGAAAGUAUUUGGGAUGACUCGCUUGGACUGGAACCUCCAGAUUGACGAUGUUGUUUUGAGAAACAUUCCUUUCAUUUCAGCCGAGCUCAUUGAGACAUGUUCCGGCCCUUUCCACCAGCCACUUAAAACACUGUGAACCACGGUAGCUUCAUGUCCCAAUCCUAUUGGAGAAUCAAGGAUGGUUCACCAGCCUUCACAAGAUGACAGUACAUGAGAGGAAAUGGUUGCAUAAUGCCAAACGUCCCUCGCCAAUCCUGAAAACAAGACGAAAACACAGACUGAGAACACUGAGAACACGUCACUGAGGCUUCUAGCUUUCUCACUAUUUAACAAGUGUAUACAUUAUUAAUGUGGAUUUUAACUACAGGUGAGAUUGAAGUUCCUUCAAAUCUUAGGCCAUGGGAUUCCAGGGACUGGUGAAGAUAAUUAAUUUCUCUGUGACAUCAAUGCAACUGAUCCCCAAAACAUCUGCCAAACUGGGAUUUAAUCCUGACCCAUUAAUCUCCGUCAGACUGUCCAAAAAACAGACAGAUCACACACAGUCUCGCACGUGAAAGUGUACAGCAGCGGACUGUUGAAAUCUAGGGGUGCCACCUCAUCAGUUUGUGAUUGCUAAAAUAACUUGCUAAGGAACUCACCGAUAUCCUGGAUUUGACACUCAGCGAUGUGGUCAGAAGCUGGACAGGGGAUUUCCACCUGGAGUCAAUAACAGAAAUCCAGCCGGGGGGGGGGGGGGC